AUGAGUGCUGGAGGUAAUCCAUCAAACUAAGCAAAGCCCUUUGACUUUUCAAAGUUUAAUUUUGAUGUGUUCUAAUUUCAUAAAAGUUAUUAAAGAGGAUUUUUGAAGGCUUUACCUUAAAUUGAUCAUAAAACUCUGUUUGGCAUCCCAAUCUACAAGGGGUUCAAGCAUAUGCCUUCAUUUACACCUUUUAGACUGAAAGAUCAAAACUUUUAGAUAAAUUACGAUUCAAUUAGCAAUUUAUAAGACAAAUAGGCCUAAUAAGUUGAAGUAAAGAGACAAUUUUAGGAUAAACUUGAGCUUAUAUAGCCAGAAUAGUUCCGCUUUUCUAAGGGUGUGGCAAUUAUCUAUAAUCCUAAUUCAGGCAAAAAUAGGGAUAUCAGAAAAAUUAUUACUUCAUAUUUUGAGAUUAGAAACAUAAGAUACUAGCUGUUUGAAACUAAAAGAAUAAGUCAUGGUAUUGAAUAUGCUAAAACAAUAGAUAUUUCCUAGUAUGAUGCCUUAAUGGCAGUUGGCGGGGAUGGUACUCUACAUGAGGUAGUUAAUGGAAUGCUAAAAAGAGAGGAUAAGUUGAAAGUGCCCUUGAUUAUGAUGCCAAAUGGUACAGGAAACGACUUCUGUGCUUCAAUCGAUGUUUUCGAUUACAAGGAUGUUUUAAUGGAUUUGCAAAAUCCCUCAAAGUUCAAAAUUGAUGUGCUAAAAGUCUCAAUAGAUAAGGAAAAUACUGAAGAAAUACCUAGCACUGGUGAGGACAAACACAUUAGAUACUCAAUAAUAAACAGCUGCAUAUCCCUUUUAGCUAGUAGCAGUGUAGAAGCUAAAAAAUAUAAGAAAUUUUUAGGAAGCUCUGCUUAUAUUCUCACUUCAGUUAAAGGUCUACUUACCCAUAAAAGCUAGUACUAUGAUGUAGAAAUCGAUGAUUAAAAGGUAUUGACAAAUUUUAACACGAUAAUUUUGAAUGUUUGUAAUGGUAAAUACGCCGGUGGAAUGAAUGCAAUAAAUGGUUAUGGAUUCAUCAAUGACGGCCUUACUGAAAUCAAUAUAUGUAGGAAUGUUCUAGAGUAAAAGAAUCUAAGCAGUCUGAAUGAAAUCAGAAAAUUGAUUGAUGAAAUUACCAAGAAAGGUGGAACCCAUGUUUACAACCCUAACUUUUAUAAUUACAGAGGUAAAAAGAUUAAAGUAAUUAAUAAAAGUUCCAGAGAUGGCAUCAAGGAGUAGCGGCAUUUGGUCCUUGAUGGAGAAGAAUUUUAAUUUUAGGAUUUUGUGAUCUAUGAUGUCUUACCCGAGGAAAUAGAAAUAAUUAUUGAUUAUGAAAGGCUUUUGAAAAAAUCUCAAUAUUUCAUUUGA